AUGUCCAAAGGCUACUGUUGGUUUGAUGUUACCAUCGGGGGGAAGCCCCUGAAGGAGCGCAUCAUCAUGGAACUCUUCGAUGAUGUGACCCCUAAAACAUGUGAAAACUUCAGGAAGUUGUGCCUCGGAAAUGACGGCAAAACUCUCGAAGGAAGCAAUAUCCCAAUGACAUACAAAGGCACCAUCUUCCACCGUGUGAUAAGUGGGUUUAUGAUUCAGGGCGGUGACUACACCAACCACAAUGGCACCGGCGGCGCCUCCAUCUACGGCGAGAAAUUCCCAGACGAAAACUUCGAGGUGGCGUGCGAAAAGGCGGGCCUCCUGGCCAUGGCGAACGCCGGCCCCAACACGAACGGGUCGCAGUUUUUCAUCACGGCCGCCCCUUGCCCGCACUUAACAGGGCGCCACGUCGUGUUUGGGCGCGUCGUGCGCGGGAUGAACUCCGUCCGCGCGAUCGAACACAUCGCUACCGGCGCGAACGAUAAGCCCAAAGAGGACUGCCGGAUCGAGGGUUGCGGCGUGCUGGCGGACCUGCCCGUCGAGGAGCCCGCCGCAGACGGGGAUGCGUAUCCGGACUACCCCGAGGACUGCGAGCCUCGCCUUAAGGAUGAGAUGCUCAUCGAGGCCGGGGAGGCCAUCCGGCAAGUUGGAAACCACCACUUCAAGGAGGGCAACUUCGAGGCCGCUGUCGGGAAGUAUAGCAAGGCCAGUCGUUACCUACGUGGGGUGUCGCAAUCCCGCGCCGAGGAGGCGGACGUGAAGGAAAAGCUUGUGGCGUGCUCCAAUAACAUGGCCAUGUGCUUUAUCAAGCUGGGAAACUUUGGAGCCGCGCGAAAGGCUGCAACAGAGGUUCUGGAUAUUGACAAGAAUAACUCAAAGGCAUUCUUUCGUCGCGGCGUUGCCGCUUUAAGCUCAGGUGAUGCCGAAAGUGCUGCGGAGGAUUUAGCUAAGUCUCAAGCGCUUGAACCCGAGAAUCAGGAGAUUACGGCUAAGCUCAAUCAGGCCAAAGAGGUGAUCAAGGCACGAAAAGCGAAACUUGCCGCCGGGUUGAAAAAAAUGUUUUCCUAA